AAAGCACUGGCUGUCUGACUCCAUCUGCAGGGCUGUAAUACCUACUCUCGUCAGAUCCAUUCAACACACAACUUCAGCCAGCUGAACAGACUCGCACUGCUACAGCAAGCACAUCUUGUUAACCUAAUUCAGAAAAUAAGUGCUACAGCUCUAUGUAUAUCUUCUUUGCACAGUGUAGCAUUUUCAGGUGAUCUGGGAAACUGAGAAAAGCUCUUAGAAGCAAAUAAAAGAAUCAAGAAUCAUAAUGGAGAUAUAUUUAACAAAUCAAGUACUGGAUCAAACUUAAAGCCAGUUUCUUAUUCAUCAUAGUGAAAAGGUCACCUUGCCUCACUGGAAGAGAAGCAAAAUAUCAGCUUUGUUGCAUACUUUUAAAUUCUUGGCAUCCAUUCUAUUUUUCUUAAUGAUCUUACCUAUGUAGGCUAUCUAGCUACACAGACAGAGAUACGGUCCUCAUGGUAGAUGACAAGGGAAAGAACAUGAAAUGUCUGACUUUUUUUUUGAUGCUUCCAGAGACUGUCAAGAACAGGUCCAAGAAAAGCUCUAAGAAGGCAAAUAACAGCAACAGCAGCAAGUUGCCACCAGUUUGCUAUGAAAUCAUUACCUUGAAGACCAAAAAAAAGAAGAAGAUGGCUGCUGAUAUUUUUCCCCGUAAGAAGCCAGCCAACUCCAGUACAACCACUGUCCAGCAGUACCACCAGCAGAAUCUCAAUAACAAUAAUACUAUCCCAGCCCCUAAUUGGCAGGGGCUUUAUCCCACCAUCAGAGAAAGAAAUGCGGUGAUGUUCAACAAUGAUUUGAUGGCAGAUGUUCAUUUUGUGGUUGGGCCACCAGGUGGGACACAGCGGUUGCCAGGACACAAAUAUGUUUUAGCUGUUGGGAGCUCUGUAUUCCAUGCAAUGUUUUAUGGAGAGCUUGCUGAGGACAAAGAUGAAAUCCGUAUACCAGAUGUCGAACCUGCUGCUUUUCUCGCUAUGCUGAAAUACAUCUAUUGCGAUGAAAUUGACUUGGCUGCUGACACAGUGCUUGCUACCCUUUAUGCUGCCAAAAAGUACAUCGUCCCUCAUCUCGCCCGUGCCUGCGUCAAUUUCCUGGAGACCAGUUUGAGUGCAAAGAAUGCUUGCGUGCUGCUUUCCCAGAGCUGCCUCUUUGAAGAACCUGACCUGACCCAGCGUUGCUGGGAGGUGAUCGAUGCCCAAGCUGAGCUAGCGCUCAAGUCUGAGGGAUUCUGUGAUAUUGAUUUCCAAACAUUAGAGAGUAUCCUCCGCAGGGAGACUCUGAAUGCCAAAGAGAUUGUUGUUUUUGAGGCUGCUCUCAAUUGGGCUGAAGUUGAGUGUCAGCGCCAAGAGCUGUCACUGAGCAUUGAAAAUAAACGGAAGGUCCUUGGAAAGGCGCUGUACUUGAUCCGAAUUCCCACCAUGGCCCUUGAUGACUUUGCAAAUGGCGCCGCCCAGUCUGGAGUUUUGACUCUGAAUGAAACCAACGAUAUCUUUCUUUGGUACACAGCAGCCAAAAAGCCUGAGCUAGAGUUUGUGAGCAAUGCCCGUAAGGGCCUCGUUCCACAGCGUUGCCACCGCUUCCAGUCUUGUGCCUACCGAAGCAACCAGUGGCGAUACCGGGGUCGGUGUGACAGCAUUCAGUUUGCUGUGGACAAAAGGGUCUUCAUUGCUGGCUUUGGCCUCUAUGGCUCCAGCUGUGGCUCAGCAGAAUAUAGUGCCAAGAUCGAACUCAAACGCCAGGGUGUCAUUCUGGGACAGAACUUAAGCAAGUAUUUCUCAGAUGGAUCUAGCAACACUUUCCCAGUGUGGUUUGAGUAUCCUGUGCAGAUUGAGCCAGACACCUUUUACACAGCCAGCGUCAUUUUGGAUGGCAAUGAAUUGAGUUACUUUGGACAGGAAGGAAUGACAGAGGUUCAGUGUGGCAAAGUGACUGUGCAGUUUCAGUGCUCUUCAGACAGUACUAAUGGUACUGGUGUGCAGGGAGGACAAAUUCCUGAACUUAUAUUUUAUGCUUAAAAAAUCAUUUCCAAAAGAAUGUGUGAUCUGUGAAGUGCGUAUCUGGUUCAGACAUGUUGAUGCUUUGCUUAUCUGCAGAUAGGUGAUCAGUACAGGUAAUUUGUAAUUAUUAGUGCUAUGGGCAGUUCAUAAUUACUUUUUAGCCUAAAAUGCAGCUUUCCACUCCUAACGAGAUGCUCAAAAGAGCCAAGUUCUGAUUAAGGCUAUGUUAUUUUAAGAGUUGCGUCUAUAUACUAAGAAAAAUUGUGUACAUUUUCUUUACCAGUUUUGUCUAGUUAACAACCUUUCUAUAAUUGUCUCAAAUUUCCCUUUGGGCUUUAUUUUGAUCAUAGUGUAAAUAUGUAGUAUAAAAUAGAGGUGAAGGGUUAUUUUAUUUUUGAGACUCAAGAAAAAAUUGACUAGUUUGGAAGGAAGUUCUUUUACCUACAAGUAAUAUAUAACAAGUGGGUAAUAAUCACUUUUAACUUUUAUUCCUUUUCUCUGCUUUUCAACUUUUGCUUUGUACUUACUAUGUGAAUUAAUUGGACUGGUACAUGUUAAGCUAAGGUAGCAAUUUCCCUGGAGGUGUCAAUGAAAAAUUGAAAGGCUGGAUUUUUUUAAAGGGACUCCUUGAGAACAAUUAACUUAUUUUUCUUUAAUCUAGAAGGACGGAAUUUUGAAGCACAUAUAUUUCUUUUGGAAGUAACUUCACAAUCAUAGUUUUCAUUCAUAACAGAAAAGGGCUACAGGCUGGAAAGAAGAGAGAUCUUAAAGUUACCAAAUUGAGAACACAUGUUAGAAUUCACAAUUUGGAGGGGGAAAAAAAGCUAGAGUUUUUUCCUCUAUAUGGCUCUUCAUACAAAAUAGUUGCUUGUCUAGAUUAUUUACUAUAUACUAUUAUCAUUCUGUAUCCUCUGUUAAAAAAGUACCAUACAGGGGCAGCUAGGUGGCGCAGUGAGUAGAGCACAGGCCCUGGAGUCAGGAGGACCUGAGUUCAAAUCCAGCCUUAGACACUUGACACGUGUACUAGCUGUGUGACCUUGGGCAAGUCACUUAACCCCAAUUGCCCUGCCACAAAAAAAAAAAAAAAACAAAAGGACCAUACAAUUGGUUGAAUGCCAGUUAGUUAACAGUAUAUAAGAGUAAGUUUUAUUUGAUUUGCCUAAUACAUGUUUCAAACACAUGAGAAUAUAUCCAUUAGUGAUAAUUCUUUAAAAUUCCUAGAUGCCCAGAAUAGUGCCCUUUGGUCAUCCUAAAGUGGUAUUAUAUACCUACAGAAAAUAGAAUAUGGCCUGGAGGGAUUAAAGUGGAUUAUACUUAAUAUCCAAAAUAUCAUCAUUGUAUGAGGUUUUCUCAUGUGCUCUAUGCACAACAUAAAUAAGGGAAUGUCUCCUUUACAAGAAAUAAUCUUCUUUAUAAGAUGGCUCAUGGCAGUUUGGAACCUACAUUAUUUGUAACGUUGAAUAUGAUUGACCUCCUGGCCAUUUGCAUGUGAAUUAUCCAUGCACUCCUGGGUUGCUUUCCUGGCCAGUAUGAUCCUGAGAUGGCUUCCCCCCCGCCACCCAGAGUGCGGCUUCUGGCUGCCUCCUUCCCCUUGCUCAGCACAGUCCUAGACUGGCUUUUUGAAGCUAGGGGUUAGUAUUAGGGUGUGUGUGCGUGUGUGUGUUUGCACACUCAGGAAUUUACUUUUUUCCAUGUCUGCCAACUAGGCAGUAGAACAGAAAUAUUCCUCUGUUCACCCUGGUAUGGUGCUAGGCAGUUUUCCUUCACCCUCUUUAGUGUGCUACGAGGCUACUUUCUUCCCUCCACCUAAUAAAAUGGAUAUGGCUUUCUCAUUACUUAAUCUAGUAGAGGAGGACAGUGAAUUGUCUGAGAUUUCAGAAUUUUCAGUGCUGCUGUCCCCAUCAAGAGUUUACUGUCACUGGUAAUUAGAGAAUACCCCUAGGACAGCUUUCCAAGAACUUUAAUAAUAAUAUGAUAUUGUGGAGAUUGUGGAUAGGGAGAAUAGCCAAAAUACUAAUGGAAUAAGGGGAAAUAUUCCCUAGAAAAUUACUGCACAUUAUUUUUUAAUAUAGUUAAAAUUGCCUGUUAUUCCUUGCCACCACAAAACAAGUACAAAAAAUGAGCCUGAUUAGGCAUUGUGCAUUCUUUUAUAAAAGGCAAAGUAUUGGAAACUAGGAAAACGGCAUUGCACCAAGGAUUUGAGGUAGACAUGAUGACCUUAUUCUGAAGUUUGCUCAGUUCAGUGAGUCAUUGUCCAUGCUAUUCUCAAAUAGCUAUAUUCUUGGUGGCUUUAAGAAUGAACGUGAUGACAGCCAGCUAAAAUAUCCCCUUUUGUGUCUGCCAGUAAACUCAUUCUCUUUUUACAUUUACCUUCCAUUUCUUUUUCAAAGUGCUGGUCUACUAUGUGAUGAGGUUAGACAGAUAUUCUUGAGUUAAAGUUGGGCAUCAUACGUACAGUGGAAAACUUUAUUUUAAAUCUCUUAUCCCUUCAAUAUUUUAGACAAAGUGGAAUGAAAACUGAUGUGCUUGCUUUAGCUUUUCUGAGUAUAUUCUUGGUAGUUAUAGGUUAUAAAACUAGACCAUAUUUCUAACAAACCAGACAACUUUGGUAUAUAAACACAACUUCAAUAAACAGAACAUGCUGUAGAUGCUAUUUUUAAAUGUACCUGGCAGUCUGUAUUUCAAUGUUAAUUCUGGGGAUAGAGGGAAACUAGGCUAGCGUUCUAAUGUAACAUUCUUUGUAUCUUAAAUAGUAUUUAAGUAAAUGGUUUAAUUUCUACAUAAUUAUUGCACUGAAUUUUUUUAAGGUGCUUAAGCUGAGCUAAUUUCAGAUCACAGCAGCCAAUUGUGCUUCAGGGUGCUUGAAUUUAGCAGGCUUAUAGCAUUAUUUAUGAAGGACAAAUAUAUAAAUAUGAAGUACCUCAUGUUGAAUGUUUAUUGUACUGUAUCUUUAAUGUAACAGUGCAGAUCUUGUUAGACACAUGAAUGUGUAUAAUCAUGUCAAAUACAAAUAAACAUAAAACUGGUUUGUAGAGUUACUUUCUUCAGUAUUUUUUAAAUGUUUGUGUAAUAAACAGUCACAGUGUCUACUUUUAACAUUUUUCAUUUAUAUAGAUAUUUCAGUAGGAUCACUUGUUUUGCUCGGUUUUAAGUUAUCUUGGAUCAUCAAAGAAGUAACAAGUCUUGAGACAGAAUCAUUCAGGAACAAUAAAUGUGUUAAUUACGUUGUUAAAGGCCGACUGUUAAGCUAAUGAGAUAGAGUGCAUGGAUGCAUAUAUAUGUAUUCCUUUUAUUAAAUUCCUCACUGGCUGACA